AUGACAUCUACCAGAUCUGAGGAGUCUACUCAAUCCAAGCAGCGUAUCACGACGAUCGUGCUGGCUAUCUUGGCCAUUAUAUUCUUGUUGCUUAGGCUCGUCGCCCGGCGCAUGAAACGCAUUGGCCUUGGAGUGGAUGACUGGACCCUCAUCGUGGGCUUGGUAUUUGUUUUGGUUAUUGCGGGUGUCAAUCUUGCUUGCAUUCAAUAUGGCAUGGGGCGGCAUACUGACACGAUCCCUCUGGAUGAAUUGCCCACCUUUUUCAAGCUAAGCUACGCAUUCGAGCCUCUCUAUAUUACGACCGUGGGCAUCAUCAAGCUAUCUGUGCUACUAAUGUACCAUCGCAUCUUUCCCGUCCGUCUUAUCAAAAUCGGUGGCUACAUACUCGGCGGAAUCACAAUAGCUUGGGUUAUCUCGGUUGAUCUUGUGGCCAUAUUUCAGUGCACUCCUGUGGCCAAAGCAUAUGAACCGACGCUUCCCGGUCAUUGCAUACAAUUGAAAGCGGCGCUGAUUGGGAACGGAGUGCCCAAUUUUGUGACCGAUAUUUUGAUUCUAGCUUUACCAGCUAGACUCAUCUGGCGCUUACAGGCAACCUUGUGGCAACGAGUAUCAAUCAUUGGUGUUUUCUUGACAGGCAGCUUUGUCGUCUUUGCGAGCAUCUAUCGCUUCAGCCUUAUUUUCAUAUUCAGCGAAAAAGACGUUGCAUGGACUCUUGCCGAUGCACAGACAUGGUGUGUAGUCGAGACCGCAGCGGGAAUUAUUUCCGCAUGUCUGCCUACGACUGCCCCCCUCGUUAAGACUUGUACCAAAGGAUUCAUCUCGACCGCACGCUCACUUUCCAAAUCUAAUUUCACACAGUCGGGAACGGGGACUUUCUCGAAAGACGAUGGCGCCACGGCUUCAAACAGUGCAGGAAAGCAGAUGACUGGACUCCGAGCCGAAGGUGCACAUCGCAGCAACGGAAGUUAUGGGCUAUCAGAGCUAGGACCAGCAAGUCGGGAGAGUCCUCAUUUGAAGGGGAAAGGGUGGACAAUUAUCAGCGCCGAUGCAGAAAGUGACUAA